GGUACAGUAAUUAACACUUUAGUUCCUAUAAUCGACAAUUAUACAAAUCUAAACUUGUGUAAUGAGCCUGAAUAAAUAUUAUUUACCCAAAGCCUAAAUAAAAAUGACUUUACUAAAUGCUUGUGGUAAACAAACAGAGCAGAAGGUGCAGACGACGCCGCCCACACACGCUCUCUCCAACGUAUUUAUCCCAAAAUAUUCCUCGGAAAUAAAGAAUGGAGUUGGAAUGUGCUGUGCAAAGGUAUGCAUGGGGUGUCAAGGGUUCAAGGAGUAGUGUUGCCCAGCUAGCCAAAGCUAUGCAGCCGGACCUUGAGGUUGCAGAUGAUGAACCUUUUGCUGAAUUGUGGAUGGGCACACACCCCAGCGGUCCCUCUAUUAUUAAAGCCACCGGCGAAACCCUUGGCAAUUUCAUCAAUAAGCAGCCGGAGGUGUUGGGUUCUCUUCUUAUUGAUAAGUUUGGUGAACAGCUUCCUUUCUUGUUCAAGGUGCUAAGUGUUGACCAGGCACUCUCCAUUCAAGCUCAUCCCAACAAGAGACAUGCUGAGCAACUUCAUAAAGAGCGUCCAGACGUAUACAAGGAUCCCAAUCACAAACCUGAAAUGACCAUCGCACUGACUCCUUUCCAAGCUCUAUGUGGCUUCAGGCCUGCACAGCAAAUUAAAAAGCAUUUAAAAGAGCUUCCUGAGCUCCGGAAAGUAGUAGGAGAAGAUGAAGCAGACAGUUUCAUUGAGAAUCCUACAGAAGAUAAUCUUAAAGCUUGUUUUUCUGCAAUGAUGAAUUCACCCAAGGAUGUUAUUGCUUCUGCUCUUAGUGAUCAAUUGCAGCAGUUCUCUGAAAUGGAAUCCUCAGAGAGAGGUGAUUUAUUAUGUAACCUCUUCACAACACUUCAUGAAAAGUACCCAGGUGAUGUUGGCUGUUUCUCCAUAUAUUUGCUGAACUAUCUUACUCUGCAGCCUGGUGAUGCUAUGUUUCUUGGUCCUAACAUUAUCCAUGCAUACCUGCUUGGAGACUGCAUUGAAUGCAUGGCCUGCUCGGAUAAUGUUGUGCGUGCUGGCUUGACCCCAAAGUAUCAAGAUGUGGAAACUUUAGUAUCCAUGCUGGACUAUGGAAUGGUCUCAUCUGAAUCUAAAAAGUUCGAAGGCUUUAAAAUGGAUGGUUACACAACUUUGUACAAUCCUCCAGUACCCGACUUUGCUGUUGAUAUGAUUGAGAUCCCUGUUGGGGUGGAGCAAUACACUUUAAGACCAAUAGAAUCUGCUAGUAUUGUCCUGGUGGUGGAAGGUAGUGCUGAAGAUGUAGAGGUUAGCCCAGCAUGCCCUGGAGAGGUGCCACAUGCUACUUCUGUUGAACGUGGCUCAGUAUUAUUUUUAGUAGCAGAACAGUCUUUGACUCUGAAACUCAGAUCUGGAACACGUUUCCUUGCCUUUCGUGCUUUAUGCAUCCUGUAAAUUUCAGGGAAUUUGAGAGUGCAUUAUUAAGUAGCUAUAUAUACACUGUUGAAAUUAUUGAUUAAUAUUUUACCAGGGUAGUAAUGAUUGUUAUGUGAUGCCUUGAAAGAAUUUAAGUACAUGAAUUGUUAAAUUUUAAAGUGUUAUUGUCUGUAGUAAAUUUAUUACAUGUAUGAAUUUGCUAAAAGUUAUAGAAAGCAGAACACGUUGUCAACUAACUAAACUUUUAACUCUUUAAUAUUUGUUAUGUCUUACCUUUUUUAUUAUUAUAAACUGAUCUGCUGUCUAUAAGCCUCAUUCCUGCUUUAGAUAGAAGAAAUUCUUGUAUCCUUGAAUGUGUCUACUUAAAGGAUGUAGUUGUGCAUUUAUUAUUCUCAAACCCUUAAUAUAUGACAUAAAAAUAAUUAGAAUUGUGUAAAUCUAAAGUUUUAUAUAUUUUCAUGUUAUUUUGAAAAUUAAUUCCUAAGAUGAAUCAAAUCUGUAUGGCAGUAGAAGAUAAGCAUUGUCUUUUUUUGUUAAAUUUUCAUAGCAACUAAAGAAUUUGGCUGCAUAUUUGAAAAAAAAAAAGCAUAUUUUGGGGCCUUCAUUCAUCAGUGAAGAUAUUGGGAAGGAGAUAUAAUAAUCCCUCCCAGUAAUAAUGAUGAAGUCCUUCCUGCUACUACUUGGUCAAUGUUCUGUGAUAUGAAGUUUAAAAAAAUAGUGUACAGUAGUUCAUGUUAUUUUUAGCUAGAAGCUUCCACUACUUGAAGGGCAAAAUUUGGCUUGGAUCCACAUUUUUCAGGUAAUGAGAGACUGGUGCUUGGAUACUUUAGCUUGUACAGUGCACUACUGUAUAUUGUAUAAUUGCAAAAUAUAAAAAAUUAUAUAAAUGCUGUUUUAGUACUGUAUUGCUGUAAUAUAAAUAUGAAGAUAAAGAUAACAUUAGAAUAUUUAUUUAAAUGAAAGGCAGAGAUGUAGCAGACUAAUAAUUAAAAAGAAUCUAAUUUCUUUAGUCUUACACAAAUAAGGAAAUCAGUUUUAUCUAGAGCCAAGUAGAAGUGGAUUGUGUUAUUAACUGUGAUACACACAAAACUGGCCACUUGUGAAGGCCUUCAAUUAAGGUAAAAUUUCUCAAUGUAAGGACACUACCUGAUAAGUGAGACUUCUGUAUUUUCUAAAUUCUUAUUCAUUAAUUCGCUUUUUCGUGUGAGGGGCCACCCAUGAAAUACUAUUCCUAUUUCUCAUAUUGCUGGACCAUCAUGGGUCACCUCAUUCUUACUCUAUCUCAUGGAUUUAAAUUUUUUAAUAAAUUCAUUUAAUUUUAAUAUAUAGUAUAUGACAUACAUGUGUUGUGCUCAUAUUUCUUUUGGUAAAAAUAAGCCAAGAAGUUAGUUUUUUAUUUUAUUAUGGUAAGUUUGUAAUAGUGGUUGCUGUUAUAUUACAAAAACUUUUCAGUUGUUUUUUUAAUUAAAUGGAUUUAUUUUUGGUAUAUUAUAUGAAUUUUGGUGCAUGUAUAGCAGACUAAUGUAUUUUUGGUAAAAAUUGGUUAAGAAUUUUUUUUUGUUUUUUUUUUUGGAAGUUUUUAUAAAUAAAUACUCUUGCUUUGGUUAGCCAUGAGUGCUUUCACAGAUUUUUCCAUAUUUGCAGGGUCUCUUGGAACAUGAUCUUCAUAAAGUCUCAUUGUGUAUCUAUGGAACAUAUUGCAAGGAGUUAAAAUUACUGUAUAAGGUUUAUGUUAUUAAAUGUACUGUGAAAAUAUGGUAUGGCCUCUUAGAAUACUCUUGUUAAAUUUCCACAGUAAUUAGUAUAAAUAAAUUAAUUUAUUUUUUGUAUUUUUUUAGAAUUAAAAGUUAGAAAUAAUGGUGGGUAACAUAAUUCAAUUACUAAUUGUUCACACCAUGGAACAGCAGUUAUUUUAUAUCAUACAGUGCUAGCAUGUACAUGUUUGUUUAAAGAUAGUACUGUACAUAAAAUUAUUGCAUGUUAAUUGUGAAGAUUUCUGUUAGGAAAUGCAAGAAUAUUUAGACAAUGAAUUCAGUAGUUAAAUGUGACUAUAUUACUAUGCAUCCUGGAGGUCAUUCAUUAUUCAUGUAGAAUGUGUCUUAGCAUUCUAUAACAAAGUGAUGACACUUUAUCUUUCACAUUUAUUGUAUAUACGGUAAUCCUUUUGUUCAACAGCAGCCAACAAAUUACACAUACAGUACUUAUCUUUUGCUUUUAUUUUACUUUUUGUUACUUUACCUCUUACAUUUAGUAGUUUUACAGUUAAAUCUCUUCUGCAGUAUGAGAGUUAAUAGUAGAUUAUUUAUGAGAAUACAAGCAGAUGAAGAACAAUUUUUGAGGGCAGACAGCUGAGUGGGAAGAAUGGAGCUAAUGUAUAUCAGAUGAUCCUUUAUAUGUUUUAUUGGUUUAGUUAUGGUUAAAAUGAAGCCAUCCAUCAAAGGGGUUUCCAGGAGGAAUGAAAUAUAAACAUAAUAUAACUAAUUAUGCUAAAACUAAACAUUCCAAUGUGUUUUAGUCAAAUAGCAUAACUUUUUCAGUCAUUACUGUACAGUGGAACCUCGGUUUACGAAUUCCCCACCAUGCGAAUUUUUCAGGAUAUGAACAGUCAUUUCGGUCAAUUUUUUGCUUCUGGAUACGAAUGAAACUUCAGGAUGUAAACUUUCCCCUCAAGGGAGGUUCCUUGGUGAGGGGCUCUUGAUCUAGGGAAUUGGAUCUGUGCUCCAGUUCCCUAAAUUAAUAAUAAUAAUAGUAUUAAUGUUGGUAGAAUUACCAACAAUAUGUAAAGUAAAAGGACACAAGUGCAAGUAAUGUGAUAUUGUAUUGUGACAAUGUUUCACUCUCCAGGGGCUUUGUCAAGCCGUUACAAACAAUACAUGGACAUAGAGGGUAUAUAUAGACUUAGAAUGAGGUGUAAUACUAGUGGUAGUGGUGGUAGUAGUAGUAACAUAAGUUGUAGUAGUAGUAGUAGUAGUAAUGUGAGUUGUAGUAGUAAUACAAUAUGGUAAAACAAGCAACUUACUACCCUUUUACUCAUAUGCAAGUUGAUUGUUCUACCAUAUUGUAUUACUACUACUACUACUACUACUACUUAUAUUACUAUUACUACUACUACUACUACUACUACAGCUUAUAUUACUACUACUACAACUUAUAUUACUACUACUACUUCUACCACCACUAGUAUUACACCUCACUCUAAGCCUAUAUAUACCCUCUGUGUCCAUGUAUUGUUUGUAACGGCUUGAUAAAGCUCCUGGAGAGCGAAACUUUGCCAUAAUAAAAAAUAUCACAUUAGUUGCACUUGUGUCCUUUUAAUUUACAAAAUAAUAAUAAUUAUUAUUAUUAUAAUAAUAAUACACUGCAGUAGGCCUAUUGGCCCAUACUAGGCAGGUCCUUCACAAUCCACCCCACUAACAGAAUAUUUGCCCCACUUGGUUUUCAAUGCUACCCAAGCCAUUAGCUUUAAUAAUUCUAUCUACUUACAUGCAAGUCCCACUCAAAUCCAACCCCUCUCACUUGCAUAUUUAUCCAAUCUAAAUUUGAAACUACCUAAGGUUAUGGCUUCAGUAGGACCUUGGGUAGCUUUAGAUGUACGCAAGCAAUAAGUGUUGACAACUCUAUUUGCUCAUCUUGACUGUGUGCUAAUGGAGUUACAGAAAGAUGACAUUGAAGAAAUGCUGAACAUUGACGAUGAUGCACCUGUUGUGCAUUCCUUGAGUGAUGGUGAAAUUAGACGGAUUGUAAUAGAUAAAUAAGCCGUAGAGUUGAUAUUUGCAUCAUACUGAAGUAUUUUGUCAUGCCUCCUGAGAGCAGGAAUUCCACUGGAAUGGAUUAAUGCCAUUUCAUUUAAUUUAAAUGAGGAAAAUCGACUCAGCAUACGAACAAAUCAGGAUACGAACAAGGUCAAGGAACGGAUUAAAUUCAUAAGCUGAGGUUCCACUGUAUCAUUAUUUUCCAUAUUAUUAUUAUAAUAAAAAAGAAGCGCUAAA